GCACCCUCUCCUCGGCGGCGGCCCCCGGCCCGCCCCGCCCCUUUUCCUCGGGGACACCCCACCCGGGGGUGGGGGCGGUGGCGGGGGGCUUCAUCGUUAGUAGGUGUUUCCCGACGAAGCCCCAUGCCCGUCACGCCCGGGCAUUCGGGGAGGCACACCGGUCCCUGUGUUUCCAGACCCCCGGCGCCGCAGUCCCGGUGCCUCGGGGGUCCCGUGCGGCGCGUCAUCGGCUGGGGUGGGGUGGUGCGCGCUGUGGACCCGGAACGCGAGCUGGUGGUGUUCUGGGUAUUUACCCAUAUCGGGCUCUUCCUGUCCCCAAGCCGGGAAUUCACCCCGCAGCCAGUCCUGUGUCCCCAGGGUUGUCAGGCCCCCACCGCCCGGUGGACGGGCUCUUUGUUUUUCUCUCGGGGAAGACCCACAUUAAAGGGAGGCUCAAAAACCCGGGCCAGCGCGAGCCUGGCCGUCCUGAGAGGCCGACUGAGAGCAGCUGGGGCGGGCCCAUAUGGGGAAGUCCCCGUGGGUCACAGAUUUCUUUCUAACCUGGGUGUUUAUGCAGAAGCCCGCGUGGCCCACCCUGUGGUGCAGGAGGCAGGCGGCUGCUUGGAUUCCACUCCUGCCUCUUUCGUGCUCUGGUGGGGGUGAGGUUAUUACCCCCUUCCAUGCCUCACUUUCCCCAUCUGUAAAAUGAAGUAACAGUGGCCCCUUCUCAGAGUGGCUAGGGUCAGUGAGCCGGCAGCCCCAGGUGCCCAGCAGCGGGGAGCAUCCAUUCUUCAGUAAUUAUCUCAUAUAUCUUAUUGUCUAAGAUGUUAUGUCACUAUUUUAAAAUAAGUGUAUCACUUUGUUAUUUUAUGAUUGCUUUAUUAUUUUUAUAUUUAUUGUUACUUUGUUGUUACUGUCUCCACCUGGGUAUUUAUCUAGAAGUCACUUAGGUCUCUACAGAUGUGGGUAUUUACCCCCCCUUUUAAGGGGCCUUAACCACCCAAAGUGGGUAUUUACCUUCCAGGUGGGUCCCUUUGCCCCGCCCCCCUGCCCCCCUCCCCUCUGAGUCUGGGGGGAGGGUGGCUUGGCCGCCCCUCUGCAGGUCGGCCCCACCCCAGCCUGAGUCACCUCCGCUCUGAGCCCUCCUUGAUUUCCUGCUCCAGGAAGUAGGUUCCUCUCUGGCCUGCGCCUGGGGGAGGGGCUGGUGUCAGAGAAGGUGUAUUUUUGCCAGGGGGAGUGGGUGUCAAAGGACCCGUUUAAAAACCUGCAGGGAGCAGACUUGGGGGAGCCAAGGAGCCUGUUCUCCCCAAACCCACCCUCACUUAAGGGCUUCAGUUCCCCAGAGACCGUAAAGUGCUCUCUAUGGGUGGCAGGGGAACAGAGGUACCGGGCCUUGGGUGAGCGUGUAAGCAGAAGUUCGAGUAUUCACUCAACAAACAGCUGCUGGGUGCCGCUGUGGUCCAGGCUGGAGAGACAUAGAAGGGGCCAGGAGGACCCUGUCCUUAUCAGACUAGUGAGGGAGGUGUGAGCAUCAGGAGCAAACAAGUACAAAGACCAGCUGAUCUCUGCUGCCAGCGGGUAACCCCGGAAACAGGGCUGAUUGGGGUAGUUGAGGGGCAGGGCGGUUUCUCCUGGGCAGUGAGUUUUGAGGGAGAAUGAGCCGGUGAAAAGGUGCUUCAGGCAGGAGGCUGAGCGUGUACAAAGGCCCUGAGGCCGGCUGUUCCUGACCAGUUUGAGUUGCAGGGAAAAGGCCCUGUGGGGGGAGCAGAGAGCGUGAGGGGGAGGGGUCAGGCACUGAUACCCGAUGUGGGUGUGUUUUAUAGAAAGUUUAUGCUCGUGUCCGCCCUUUCUCCCCAGCAUGCGGGACAGAUCUGACUGGCUGGGUUCCUGUUCUCCCCCACCCGGCCCCCUCUGCCCUGCCCUUUGUUUUUUGAAUGGAGGCUCCAGGCCCGGCAGUUGGCCCCAAGGCUCCUGCUGGAAUCUGGUUGAGGUCUGUCAGCUUGAGCUGGUGGUAGGACUCACUUUCCAUUGCUCCGCUCAGCACCGGGGACUCACGAGAGGGCGUCGAGGCCCCCGGAGGCCUGUGGGACCAGGCACAGACCCAGGUGGUCCUAGUAUGCGGCCUCCGUCAGAUGCCAGCCCAAGGAGGGGCUGGGCCUUGCAGGGAGGGCGCUGUGGUGCCACGGGUGGUGGUAGAGCAGGGCAGGGACCAGCUGGUUCCUCGCCUGUGAGCUGGGGUCUGAGGGGCCCACCACAGACCUGAGUUUCAGGCCCUCAGACCACUGUGGCCCCAGGAGGGAGGCAGGAGACUGAGCAGUUCCUGUUCAGACCAGGUUCAAGUCCAGGUUCUGCCCGAUGCCAAGGUGACGGGAGUCUGGUGCCCUGAGGGUCUGAGCUUCCUCUUGGAGUCCCAGCCUGCCCCAGGGCCCUCUGAUGGCUCCCCCCGGAUGUGGUUGUGUUAUCAGCCCUGCCAGGCCACUGUUCUGGACUCUGGCCAGCUGCCGGGGUGGAGACACGGGCGCUGGUGCCCCAAGGAGGCCGCGGCUGGAUCUGGGGUUUGGGAUGGGGAUGCCCAGGCCUCAGGAGAGUCACAUUCAGCCUCAGAGUCAUUGGCUCUGCGCUGACCUGAUUGGCCCCGCCCUGCUCCAGCUGCCCUCUUUGCAGUGGUGGGGUCUUGUUCGGAUGACUUUGCUCCUCAGUUUGCAAACGUGUAUAAUGGGUGUCAGGACUGUAGUACCUGCCUCCUGGGGGGGGUGUUGAAGGUGAUCACUGAACCCAGGGACAUUGCUGUGAUCAGUGGUGUGCCUCAGGGGUUGAUCUCCCCAUCACAGGAGGAAACCAAGGAGGUGGCAGCUUGGGGAAAGAUGUGUGUCCCGGUUCCUUUUGGCUUUGAGUGUCCCCACCCAGCCUCAUGGGACCUGGCAGUGGGCCUUUCUUUUCCUCAAGUUGCAGAAAACCACGCGAGGCCCAGGUCACCCAGGGAAGCGUCGUAGCUGGGAUUCAGACUCUGGGCUGAGUCCAGGCCCGACCUGCGCCCCUGCCCGCCUGUCUUUUACCGAUGGGUACCUGUGCUUGAACAAGUUUGUCCAUCAGAUCAUUUUCCAUAGGUUUUGCCUGCAGCGCCAUCCAAGGAGCCCUCAGGCAGGUCUGGGUCUCAUCUGCCUGUCUGCUUUUUGAUCAAGACAUCACAGCCUUUCUGUAAGGGGCAAAAACUUGAGGCUGGGGACUCUUCCCAUAUGUGUAGACCUUGAGGAGGCUUCACUCCUGACCUCCGAGGCAUCUUGUCCCCUAGACCUAGGGUGUCGUGGCGUUUUCUGGAGCCUGUUUGUGGGGGAGGGGUCACACUUCUGUUGUGAAUUUGUGCCUUGGGAACUUUGAACACUGGGAAGGUCUGGGUGGAAUUUUGGACUCUGGGUUCUACUCAUUCUUGGAAUUGUGGGAUUUUGUUGGAGAACUGAGGUGGCAGUUAUCUUUUUGAGCACCUGCUGUGUACCGGCCAUGGCUGCGUGUGCGGUGGGGGGACAGUGAGGCACACCGGGCGGUCAGGAGGACAACGCAGCCAGGGCUCGGGUCUCACUGGGAAGUGUGAGCAGAAGCCAAAGCAGGGUGAGCGUGAGCCCUUGGGAGCCCAGGGGCGCGGGCUCCAGCCAGGGUGUGCGGCGGUACAAAGGCCUGGGGGCAGGGGCCCCGUCGCCGAAGGGGCAGGCUGGAGCAGAGUGGCAGAGGGCAAGGGAGUCAGGACCUGAGGGGGGGACCUUGGCAUCUCAGACCCUCCUGGGCGCAGAGCCUGCCGUCCGCCUCUCAGCGUGAGGGUGGCUGAGCCUGUGGGACCAUCCUCUCGGCCAGUGGUCCGUCGGCAGCCCCGGGCGGGCCAGGAGGGCUGCACAGCUUCCCCGUGUCAGGAUGUGCCCAGUCAGUAUCCCCCCUCCCUCGAGCCUCCUGGCCCUGGGGUCCCCAGCGGGAGGACUGCUAAUCCGUUUAGGGAUUAGUGCCCUGUGCUCAGAGGGGGCCGCUCCAGCCGUCUCCCCCACCCAGAUCCCUGAGCACGUAGCAGGGAGGCCCUGGGGGCCCUGGGGGCCCUGGGGGCCCGGGCGUUGCCUUAGUUUGCUGGUUUAUCUGCUGCCAGGGGUGGGAGAUGCUUUGUCAAGUCAAGCUUUUUGAGAAAUCUCCAGAGGAGGGAGGCUGUGGACCUCACCGGCUCACAGCUAAAACCUGGAAGCCUGGGGGGCAGCUCUCCUGAGCCCCCAUCCUCCAUGGGACUGCCCUUCUCCGAGCCUCGGUUUACAAGUCUGUCCUCAACUCUACCUGCCUCCCGAGUGACGUCACAAUGAGACAAAAUGAGAUUUUAAGGACCCAGGGCUCCAUACAUGAUGGGGGUGAGGUCCCAUUGCUGAGGGAAACCAGGCAGGUGAUGGCUGUGAGAGAGGGGCUAUGGCAGGGUUCUGCCUGGGGGUCCUGGCCUGUCUCGGCCCUGAGGACUGCCCCCCACCCCACCCCGGCCCACAGGCCCCUUCCGGGCUGCCUGCCCGCUCUAGCCAGCUCCCACGUGAAGAGGCUCUCGGCCUCCAAGCGGAAGCAGCACUUCAUCAACCAGGCUGUGCGGAACUCAGACCUCGUGCCCAAGGCCAAGGGGCGGAAGAGCCUCCAGCGCCUGGAGAACACCCAGUACCUCCUGACCCUGCUGGAGGCAGACGGAGGCACACCUGGCCCGGACGAUGGGGACCUGGCACCCCCCGCAGCACCUGGCAUCUUCGCGGAGGCUUGCAGCAAUGAGACCUAUGUCGAGGUCUGGAACGACUUCAUGAACCGCUCUGGGGAGGAGCAGGAGAGGGUUCUCCGCUACCUGGAGGAUGAGGGCAAGACCAAGGCACGCAGGAGAGGGCCUGGCCGUGGCGAGGACCGGCGGAGAGGGACUCUUGCAGAGGACCCGGCCUACACACCCCGCGAGUGCUUCCAGCGCAUCAGCAGGCGUCUGCGAGCUGUCCUCAAGCGGAGCCGCAUCCCCAUGGAAACGCUGGAGACCUGGGAGGAGCGGCUGCUGAGGUUCUUCUCUGUGUCCCCCCAGGCCGUGUACACGGCCAUGCUGGACAACAGCUUUGAGAGGCUCCUGCUUCACGCUGUCUGCCAGUACAUGGACCUCAUCUCAGCCAGUGCUGACCUGGAGGGCAGGCGGCAGAUGAAGGUCAGCAACCGGCACCUGGACUUCCUCCCACCGGGGCUGCUGCUGUCUGCUUACCUGGAGCAGCGCAGCUGAUGGCGGCCCCGCGGUGCCCGCCCGCCAACCCCUCCCCACGCCCUCUGCUGCCCUCCCCUGACGCAGCUCGAUCGUUUUAGGCUCCUCCCUUGGAAACAUGCUCUUCCCCUUGGGGCGGCCCCUCCCUGCCCAGACAAAGGCUGGCGGUGGGGGCUGCUUCGUGCCCUCUGGCCAGACUGCCCGCUCUGGGACGCUGUCUGGGGCGGGGACCCCUGGCCUGGUCGCUCCCGUGUCCCUUCCUCGGUCAGUGUCAGAUGCUGAGGGGAGGAGGCAAAGGCUGGGUUUUUAUCAUUUUUAAUGAAUUUGAUGUGAUUUGUUGUAGAUUUUUAAAUUUCCCUUUUCAGAAGAAAAGCCAAAAACUUGCCCCAAGUGAUAAAUUGGGGGGCUUCAUUCCAGUCCCUGCGUGGGGGUCUCUGGGGCCCUGACCCUCACCCCAGGAACAUUACGUUUUGCGCGUGUGUGCGUGUGCAUGUGUGUGCCCUGCAACCCAGGACAGAGGCUGUGUCUUGAAGGCUGGUUUUACCCUCUUUGUGGACUGUGUGUUGUCCGCCCCUGGUGCCCUUUGGUGGCUCUUGGGGCCCCAUCUGCUCUACACACCCCCUCCUUCCUACUAGGGGUUUGGGACUUCCAGCCAGAAGCCUCCACCCUCAGACUGUCCUGUUCCCCUCUCUGUGUCCCCUGCUCCCCAGCCUGGCUCUGGGGUGUCCCUGUGCUGGUCACCCUGGCGUGGCACAUGAGAGUGGGGCUGGGAGACUGUCCCCCUGACCCACCCUGCCCCCGCGUGUGUGGCUUGUUGUGCUUUGGGAAAGUGGAGAGUUCAAUAAACUUCUGGUGCUCUAA